CAGUAAAUGAAAGCCAUGCUCACCCCCCACAAAUGUGUGUGUGCAUGUGGAUCGGUGAGAGUGGGUGUGAUUGAGGCACGCAUCAGCAAUCUCCUCCCACCCUGGUCACUAUACAUCCUGGAGGACUCCUCGCAUUGUCUAUCACUCAGCAGAGGCACACGGUGAGCUCAAGAAAUCCUGACCUGACACCAGCACCAGCAGAAGAACCAGCAGCAGCAGUCUUAGAGAAAUCGGGCAGCAUUCCUUCUCGAUUUGAGCAGAGCACCAUGGCAGGCAGCACUGUCCUUCACUUGGGCUUCCUUCUGAUGCUCGCAGGAAUUCUCCUCCUUCCAUGCAUCUCAGCACAAAGAGUCAGAGUAAGAAGACAGAAUAUGAAAGUUCGAAUCAACGCCACUGGGGAUACUAUAGUUCUGAAGUUCGUUCGACCCAACCCCGAUGUCAAACUUGAAGGCUACAUCUUAGGCUAUGGUUCCAGCAUGUUCUCCAAGCAGUUCAUUCAACUUCCAGAAAACGGGGAACCCUAUGAGACGGAGAUUGAUGCUGAGCCUAAGUACCUGGUAGCUGUUCAGCCCAUCCCAACCAAUGACGUGAAGAAGCACUGCACAGGUAAAGUGAACCUGGACAAACCUCUUCAUCUGGUCAUCGAUUCUGUCACACCGACAUCUGUGCUUUUGUCCUGGGGAACCUACUUAAAGACACCCUAUGAAGGAAACAUCAUGAACGAGUGUUUGGAGGAUGGGCAUUACACCAUUCGCUAUAGAGAAAGAAACAGGAAGUGGAUCUACCAAACCUGCCCCACGUCUGAUACCGUAAUCGAUAACCUCAAACCCAACACACCCUACGAAUUUGGCGUCCGAUCCAACAAAGAUGACCGUAGUGGAAUGUGGAGCAAACCAGUGAUCCACAACACCAACAUGGGAGAAAAAAACAUGCAGAUACCCUACAAGCCAAACCGACCCAUUGUCAAGACUUUGGCUGGAACCCACAGCAGUCUGUUCCCACUUCGACCUGCUGUUGUAUACCACAACAUAAGCCAGGCAGGACUGUCCAAAAACACAGGUGUUAAUGGAGGUCCCAAGACAUCUUUUGCACCACCAAUGGGCCAUCAAGGAACUGUGGCUGCUCCAAGAGCCAAUGAGCCAAAAUGGCCUCAGCUCCCAUUGGAUUCAGACAGCCAUGUUAGAAAUGACUCCUCUCAGCUGGUGGAGAUCCUUCCCAUCCUUCCCCAACUCCUAUCCACUAAACCCUCCCGUCCUUCGGUCACCCCUACCCCCUAUUCCUUACCCAGCAGUACCCGGACACCCCCACAUGGACACUCUCAAACCAGUGCACCUAGUGCCACUCAGAUGCCACAUAGUUCCUCUGGUACAAGCAUCCGGAAAGAUUCCAUCUCUUCUCUUCCAUCCAAACCGCUCGAUUCAGUCUUAACAGUGACCACCAGGAACCAGACAUCACUGAGCAGAUACUCUUUCUCUCUCUCUAAUGGCAUGAGACCUUCUUCCCCCAGGCUUGGUGACUCCUCCAGAAGAUAUGGGGCUAACGGUGAGCACCAUAAGGGACUUUCUCUCCCCAAACCAGCCAUAUGGUCCAGAACAAGAAUGGGUUCUCCGGGUUCUACACGCCUUUCUAUUCAAGCAAAAAAGCCUAAUCUUGUUGGCAAACAUGGAGGAAUAGCAGACAAGAUAACAGGCCUGAGUCAGGACAAAUCUUCCAUCUUGAAACCCAAGCUGCCACCUGUUACAGCAAAACCAUCCAAACCAAAGACAACAUCUUCUCCUACAGUGACAGCACCCCGAUUUGAGACAUGGGAAAACUCUUCAGUAUUCAGCUCUGUUCCUGCUUCUAAAGUUGAUGCCAUGGGCAAAGAACGCUACAUUGCUCCACAUGUGGUCUACAAGACAGAUAAGAAGCCAGAUGAACCCUGCUCCAUCACCACCUCUCUGAGUUACUUCCCUGAGGAGGAGGCUGGAGGGCAAAAUGUCACCAACCCUCCAAGAACACCCCCAUCCAACCUUACUGUUGUAACCGUGGAAGGAUGCCCCUCCUUCAUUAUUCUUGAUUGGGAGAAAACAGAUAAUGAUACGACAGAAUAUGAGGUUAUCUCAACUACCAAAGGUCCUGAUGGUGAACAGGUUUCCAUUCUGACCACCAACCAGACUCAUACAGCUGUGGAGAACCUCAAACCAGAGAGCAGUUAUGAAUUCAAGGUGAAGCCUAAGAAUGAUCUCGGUGAAGGGCCGUCCAGCGAUCCAGUGACCUUCAACACAGAGUCUGCGGAUCCACGAGUAAGUGAGAACGUCUCAGGUAAAGACGCCAUUUGGACCCAGUUCCCCUUCAAAACUGACUCCUAUUCCGAAUGCAACGGCAAGCAGUAUGUCAAGAGGACGUGGUACCGCAAAUUUGUUGGCAUCCAACUCUGCAAUUCCCUACGAUACAAGAUCUACCUGAGCGACUCCCUCAACGGUAAAUUCUACAAUAUUGGAGACCAGACGGGUCAUGGUGAAGACCACUGCCAGUUUGUGGACUCAUUCCUGGAUGGAAGAACAGGCACUCAGCUUCCUGCAGACCAGCUACCAACCAGGCCAGGCUUCUACAGAGCAAUGAGACAAGAGCCAGUCCAUUUCGGCCAGAUAGGUGGAAACUCCCAUGCCACCUACGUCGCAUGGUACGAAUGCGGUACGCCAAUCCCAGGGAAGUGGUAAAACCGGAGCAAAAGUCCGCAAGGAACUCUAAAUAUUAACUCUCAUUGGUUGGGGUUGGUGCCCGCUAAAGUAACAUGACAGGCUUUUUUUCCUGAACCCCCCCUCCCCACCACCACCAAUGAUGGUGAGUUCAGUAACUCCUCAGCCUACGUCACCAAAGUUCAUACCAUGUAUAAUAGUGUACAGGAACAAAGAGUCAGGGAAUACUUUUGAGUGCAUUUGUGACAUGUAAUAGCAAAACAGUGCCUCAUCUUGUUAUUUAUCAUACAGUAACUAUAACAAUGUAGUAGUAAUAAUAAUAAUAAUACAAAUAGUUAAUUAUGAGAAAAACACUUUAAAUACAUUGAAGUGAAGAAAAUAACAUGAAAAAUACUUGUUGAAAUAUUGGGAAGCUGGCUCCCUGAAACUAUUUUGAUAUUUUGUGUAAUAUUAUUUAACAAAGUUUGUGGUUUCUUCACUGGCUUUCUUCCAGUGAGAAAGGGCCAGGCUUUUAUUAAGCGCUUUAAAGACAGCCUGGGCUUUUGUCUACAACCAGAGGCAGCUGUAUUAGUUUAGGUCUCUGAUAUGUCAGAUGAUAUGUAUAGCUGGGACUCUUCGCUACGUUGCUUUUAUGAACACAUUGUACUGGCUCAACAAGUCUGGUUACCCACACUAGAAUAGACACAAUGGACUCAAGACGACACGUCUAUGUUUACAACGGGUUGGGAUGAACAUGAUCAAUUUCUUGACAUGUGCACACACAUCUACACACACGAAACAUGCAAACUAACAUUCACUUAGAUGCUUUGUACUAUGGCUAUAGUCUUCCAAUGUAAGUCCUGGUAUAUUUGAUGGUUCUAGAUUGUAAGGACAACCUGACACUUGCAAUUUGCACAGCACAAAAAUAUUUAUAUGUAUAUGGAGAGAGUAUUUUUUCAGGAAACCUUUGAGAGACUUAAAAGUCCUUCCCCUCAAGCUUGUAAAACAUGAUAAGUAAUAAUAAAAAAAA